CUCGCACUGCAGCUGGUGCCGUCAGCAGUGGUUUCUUAUCAUUAGUGACAGUGUUAGGCCAAUCAAUGUGAAAAUCUUUUUCUUUUUUUAUCAACUUUGGACUUUGAAGGGCAAGGAGCGAGGCAAUUUUCUCCAAACGAUUAAUAACAAGUCAAUAUUUGACUGAUUACUUUUUAACUGUCGAUACCUGUCUGAAGAAAAUGAGCAACUUAGUUACCAAGAGUUCGUACGUUUUGGAAACUUUAGGCAAAACCAGUCCGAAGUUGUUUGCCGCCUCUUUACAAGCGAGUCCGCAUUGGAGAGUCAGUCAACCACGUCGUCAUCUCAAUGUGCACGAACACGUUAGCUACUCGCUUUUGAAAGGUGCUGGCAUACCGGUACCCAAAUUUGGAGUAGCGAAAACCAGCCAAGAGGCAGCCGAUUUGGUAAGCAACUUGGGCCUGACCGAUAUUGCCAUCAAAGCCCAAGUUUUAGCCGGUGGACGUGGUUUAGGUCAUUUUAAAAAUGGAUUUAAAGGCGGGGUGAAAAUGGUCGAAACAGCUGAAGAAGCUGAAAAGGUAUCCAGUCAGAUGAUAGGCGAUUAUUUGAUUACUAAACAAACUGGAGAAAAAGGUCUUAUUUGUAAUGCCGUAAUGGUGGCUGACCGUGUUUAUGCAAGGAAAGAAUAUUAUUUCGCUGUUAUGAUGGAGAGAGCUUUUGGGGGUCCUGUUUUAAUAGCCUCUUCUCAAGGUGGUGUAAAUAUUGAAAAAGUUGCAGCAGAAAACCCUGAGGCUUUAUUUUAUAUGCCAAUAGAUAUUACGCAAGGUAUAUCCAAAGAUGUAGCCUUGGACGUUGUUACCAAAGUAGGAUUGACAAAGCAAAAAGAAGAAACGGCCGAUAUUAUAUUGAAAUUAUAUGAUCUGUUCAUCCAGAAAGAUGCACUUCUAAUCGAAGUCAAUCCUUACGCUGAAAGCAUUUCUUCGGGAGGAUAUUUCUGUUUGGAUGCUAAAUUUCGUUUUGAUGACAAUGCUGAAUUUAGACAAAAAGAUUUGUUUGAAUUGCGUGAUAGGACUCAAGAAGACGAAAAAGAAGUGGAAGCUUCAAAGUUCAAUUUGAACUACAUUGCUCUUGAUGGAACUAUUGGUUGUCUGGUGAAUGGUGCUGGUUUAGCGAUGGCAACUAUGGAUAUUAUUAAUUUACAUGGUGGAAACCCGGCAAACUUUUUAGAUGUCGGAGGUGGUGCUACUGCUACCCAAGUAAAAGAAGCCUUCAAAAUCAUCACUUCUGAUCCUAAGGUGUGUGCUAUUAUGGUAAAUAUUUUUGGAGGCAUAAUGAGAUGUGAUAUUAUUGCUGAAGGAAUUAUAGCUGCAGCUCAAGAGCUAAACCUUACCGUGCCGAUCAUUUGCCGUUUACAAGGCACUAUGGUGGAUGAAGCAAAAUUGUUAAUCGCUCGAUCUGGUAUGAAAAUCUUACCAGUAGAUAAUCUUGAUGAAGCAGCCCGUUUAGCUGUAAAAUUAUCUGAAAUUGUGAAUUUGGCUCGUGAACAACAUUUAGGUGUAAACUUUGAAAUGCCUAUUUAAGUAGUUGUAGACGUAUAUAUAUAUAUAAAAAAAAGAACACUAUUGUUAAAAUAUAUAUAGUAUUUGUAUCCCUUAAAUUUCCCAAAGUAUUACUCACUGUAGACUAUAUAUUCAUAUCUUCAUGCUAUACUUUUAUAUCAAAAUACCAUUUUUUUUUUAAUAUUAUUUUUCAUUUUUCAUUAUGUGACAUUUUUAAAUUAAAUGCUUUCAAUAUUACUAUUUGUUAUUUUUUUAACUCUUCCACUGAAAUGUAAUGCACAAACUUCUAAAUUUCUUGGUUAGUUACCUGUAUUAAAUAUAUUUUAAUUAUGUUUGGUUAAUUUAAUAAAUUUACUCUUGGCCAGUCACAAAUUGGUUAAACAACAAAAAAAUUCCUAUCUGUACAUUUUUUUUAUUUACACAAUGAAUAAAUUAAAAAAUAAGUUUAGUAAAGAUAAGUGUAAAGUGCGUAUGAUAUAAAAAAUUGUUUUGACGGUGAGUUUCUGUGUGUUGUGUCGCCUAUGUAUUUAAGAAAUGUAACAUUUAUUUUAACUUACUUAUUUAUUCGAUUAAAGCUAGUCUUGCUUUGUUUUGUAUUUUCUUUUUUUUUCAUUAAUAUUUACGGCUGUACUUAUACAUCAUAGUAAACCAUUAUUUAAUAACAAUACUAAUAGUUUUAAUAAUAAUAUAAUAUUAUUAUUGUUAUUGAUACUUCAUAAAUUGUUGUAAUUUUUCAUAUUUGUUAUUAUAAAAUAAAUUAUAGUAUAACUCUAAUUUGA